UCAGCUCGCUCCUUCUGUAAACGAAAACCCUAGCCACUCUCUGCGCAGCUCGCUAAUGGGGGCUUACAAGUACGUUUCGGAGCUAUGGAGGAAGAAGCAGUCCGAUGUAAUGAGGUUUUUGCAGAGGGUGAGGUGCUGGGAAUACCGCCAGCAUCCAUCAAUCGUUAGGGUCAACCACCCUACGCGUCCUGACAAAGCACGCCGCCUGGGUUACAAGGCCAAGCAGGGUUUUGUGGUUUAUCGUGUCCGUGUUAGGAGGGGUGGUCGGAAGAGGCCAGUUCCCAAGGGUAUUGUCUAUGGGAAGCCCACAAACCAGGGUGUUACCCAAUUGAAGUUCCAGCGCAGCAAGCGAUCUGUUGCAGAGGAGCGUGCCGGUCGAAAAUUGGGAGGUCUCAGGGUUGUUAAUUCAUACUGGAUCAAUGAGGAUUCUACUUACAAGUACUUUGAGGUUAUCCUGGUUGAUGUUGCACACAAUGCUAUCCGCAAUGAUCCAAGGAUUAACUGGAUCUGCAAUCCUGUCCACAAGCACAGGGAGCUUCGAGGGCUCACAUCUGCUGGUAAGAAAAACAGGGGUCUACACGGGAAGGGUCACUUGUACCACAAGAAUCGGCCUUCUCGCAGGGCAACCUGGAAGAGGAACAACACUCUCUCCCUUCGUCGCUACCGUUGAGUUUAGUGGUUUGCUUAGGCUUAUUAUUGCCUCCCUUGUUGAUUUUAUGAGUCAUAAUUUUCUGUUUGAAAUUUUGGAGGUUCAAAUUUUUGGAAGUUUAAUAUAUUUUAAGUUUCAAAAAUGGAGUCUUUAAGUUUGCAUGGAAUUUAUUUUUGCUUGAGAUGUGAAUUUCUAAAUUUAUAUGUUAUGGGAUUAUCAUAAUAACUCUGUCAAUUUCCCCAUUUUGAUUUCA